GGCAGUGACGUCACGGUUUACGUUUCAAAUACCACUUGAACCCGGGAAGGCUGCAUUGAGGAUAAACAAGUAAAAUGUGAGGUGGUUCAAUUAAGCCCAGUUAUUGUCAUUAUUAUUAUUAUUAUUUUCACUUUGCAUAGAAGCAGUCUAAGUGGGUUUGGGUCUCAGUCGGAAGGCAUUUGCGUGUGUUGUUCAUAUGCCCAACACCGUGACGCUAUCCGACAGCUAACCGUUAAAGCCUAGUUUAUGCUCCGCGCUGUGCGUGAGAUGUCCGCGUUAAUUCUCCGACGUCUGGAGAAGAGCUAACGUUGUUGCCUCCGUCGUGUUUCCAUGACUACGCCAAAGUGGCUUCACAAUUGUGUUUUUUUACCGGGAAGUUCCAUGAUAAAGCAAGCAAUGAAAGCUUUAGUUGUUCAUUUGGUAUGUAGGGACAAAACGGGGCGACAUCAGUGCUCCGUUCCCAUCCAGAUGUUCGUAGUAUGUGACCAGGUCCUGAUGAUGAUCGAUCUGGUCCACCCUCACUAGGUGUUUCAGAUUGCAUCACUACUGGUAACUGUAUAGUUUCCUAUAAUUGAAUCAACCCCGAGAUGAAUGAGUUGAGCUUGAUGAGUGGGUUGGAGGACAUCAGCCAACACAUCCACGAGAGGAUCUCCUCCUUAUACCGCAUGCUGGAUCUGUCAGGCGUUGAAUUGCCUCAGAGGAAGGAACUUGGACAAGAAUUUGGGGCACUCGAGAAGCUUCUGGAGGAGUUUGAAAAAUGUGUUGAUCGACAGAGAGAGAGGCUGAAGCAGCUCAAGGACCUUGAGCAGUCCUUCCAGAAGAAUUUGCAGGAUGUCCAGCACAUAAAUGAGAACGUACCUGCACACAUGCCUAAGAAGAAAUGUCCAGCAAAUGGAGGUGAACCCGUAAUGACCCAGAAGACAGACGUUCUGCCAGUUCCGUCGCAAAAUGUCAAGAAAACCACCAAGAGCUUCAUCAGAGAGAUGGAGGUGAUCACGGUGCAGGAGUUUGAGAGCAUUCCUCCGUACAUGAAAGGACGCGUGUCUUACGAUCAACUCAACGCAGCGGUGCAGAGCCUCAACGCGGCGGUGUCGGCCAAGUACAAGAUCCUCCAGCAGUCAGUGAAAAGUCUGAACAAUCAAACGCGCAAGCUGCGCCAGCGCUUCAAGGACCAGGAGACGAAGGAGACAAAAGGUCACUUUUUUGUGGUGGAGGACGACAUUCGAGAAUUCACUCGGAUGAAGGCAGACAAGCGAUUUAAAGGGAUCCUCAACAUGCUGCGACACAGCCAGCGCCUCCGAGAGCUUCGGGGCGGGGGCAUCGUCCGCUACGUGCUGGUGUGAUUGACAUGGAUGAAUGAUGGAGAGAUUCUUGGUUCUCCUGUCUGUCAGACCGAUAUACCGAGCUCACUGUAUCAUCUAAAUGUACAUAUUUCAAGAAUUAUCCAUGGAUAUGCUAUGAUUUGCAAUGUUUGUACGUUGAUAUAUUUUGUUGUGGUGUAAAUGAUAAAGUGCUAUACAUUCAUUCUCUGUAUUUUUCAGCUAAAUAAAAACUAAUUCUUUAGGAA